AUGUGUGUGGUCGGCAGUUUGCGAGGCUUUGGAGAAGCCCGACGCAAGUGCCAACGUUUCACCAUUUAUGUAACGAGCCAGCCGCAGGCGCUUACUUUCUUCGUCAAACCAAUGUUGGCAGUUGAUAUCCGAUUUCGGACGCGUCGCCCUCGCGCUCUCAAUGGGAAGGGCGGGGCCUUGGACCAUCCAGCAUCGCAAGCCCUGCACGUGGAGCGUGUGGCAGGCAUGGUUCGCAUGGUUCGCCACAACACGCAACACUGCCGUCUCGGCAGUUGUUACGACUGGCUGCAGUUAGAUUGGCUCUGCUAG